AUGGAGCCCACCGACCAGCCCAACGGGAAGGCGAACCCUGCUACCCAUCUCGAAGUAUCCGACGACAAUGGCGACCUUCCAAAGGCCAUCGACAAGGCAUUGGCCGAGGGCGCCGCGGUCCAGAUGCGAUCCAAGUUGGACGACCUGCCCAUCCUGAAAGCCGUUGGCGUAUACUGGCGUAUCUCUCUGAUAUGCAUGAUGGCGGCGUUCAGUGCCGCGCUCGAAGGCUACCAGCUCGCACUCACGAACUCGAUCGUCUCAAACAAGGGAUUCAUCCGCCAAAUGUCUGACGGCGGCACCAAGCUCGAUCCUACUCACGUAGCCGUCUGGGGAGGCAUGCUCUCGACGGGCCAGUUUGUCGGCGUCGGCCUCCUUCAGCUGGUCACUGACAAGCUGGGUCGCAAGUUGGCUAUGCAUAUCACAUGGGCUUCUCUCGUAGUCUCCGUUGCUCUAGAAACUGCUGCGACAAACUGGCUGUACUGGCUCUUCGCCAGACUGGUUGGAGGCGCGGGCCUCGGCAUGAUGCAAGCAACCUACCCCGUUUACAUUUCCGAAAACGCACCUACGCAGAUCCGAGGCUUUCUGACCACCUCUUACAUGGUGUGGUAUGUAUGUUCACAGAUCAUGGCGCCAUUGGCCUUGCGACAGUUGUCCUUCCAGGAUCCAUACAACUUCAAGAUCCCAAUCCUUACGCAGUGGGGCAUGUUGGGUGGCAUGCUGGUCAUCAACCUCUUCUUCCUGCCAGAGAGUCCAUGGUGGCUUGUCCAGAGGGGUAUGGUUGACAAGGCAGAAACGGUGCUGGCGAAGACACACAAGGGAUCAAUCAUUGUUGCUACAAUUGAGCGCGAACGGCAGUUGUCGACCGAGACCACGAAUCAAUACAAGGAAAUAUUCCAGGGCGUCAAUCUUUGGCGGCUCUUCAUUUGCUUCUGGCCUAAGGCGAUGCAACAACUCACGGGACAGAGCGUUACCAAUAACUACGGAACGUACUUCUUCGAGUUGGCCGGUAAUGACGACCCCUUCACGGUAACGGUCAUCCUAGCGGUCUGUCAGCUUGUGGGGGUUCUCGCAACCUCCUUCUUGUCGGACAGAUUCGGGCGACGAUGGCUGACACUUGGUCUUUUUGGUUCCGGGGCUAUCUCUAUCCUCGCCAUCGGAAUUCUUGGUUCCUUCGAUUACCAGACCAAAGAACUGGGCAACGUCCUGGUGUUUUGGGCGUGCAUCUCCAACUUCGGGGUCAUUGGCGGUGCCGGCAUUGCAUACUCUUACAUCGCCGAAAUUCCUACGCAACGACUUCGAGCGCGCACUGCUUCUAUAUCCCUGAUGGGGUCAUUUGUUCUUGGUAUCACUUUCAACUACACGGUCCCGCUUAUGCUCAAGGUUUGGAGUGUGAGAACGGGAUAUUUCUUCGGAGCUACGGGUGUCAUUUCGUGCGUCGUCGGAUACUUCGUCCUCCCCGAGAUCACCUGCCGAACCCCUGCCGAGAUUGACGAGAUGUUCGAAGACAAGAUUGCCCCUCGCAAAUUCCGGAAGCACGUCACACAGGUCCAGUUAUUCCUCGAGGAGACGGAAAACAAGAGGCAGCUAUCUACAGAAGGGGCGUAA